AUGCGCAUGCACCUGUUCCUGGUAAAGGUAGGGAGUAAAGUUCAGGCUGGUCAAGAGGACAGAGAGAUCACCGUCAUGCCCCGGAGGAAGACUGAGGAGCUGGACGGCACGACCACGAUGACGAUGCCCUCAUCUGAGUCGCCCUCCUCAUGCUGUGCGUCCUGUAUCAGUCUGAAGGACAGAUGUCCUCGACCUCGGGGACUCAUCAACCUGCUCAUCACUAAAGUGUGUUUGUUUGCUCUGCUUUUCGGAGUCGUCUGGUCCAUCACGGGAAAAGAGUGUUUACCUGGAGGGAACCUGUUUGGCAUCAUCAUCCUCUUCAUCUGCUCCAUGCUGGGAGGGAAGCUGGUGGGAAUGAUCCAGCUGCCCACACUACCCCCCUUUCCUCCACUGCUUGGUACGGCCCAGUAA